AUCAUUGAUCGGUGAAUGAAUCGGUCUUUGCUUCUGCUGCUGCGUCUUCAACCUGCAUAAUGCGUGUUUGGUAAUGGUAGAUCAAUACUUCCUUUACUUCUCAAGCUGAUCGUGUUUGGUAAUAGUUCAACACGAUUUCCAGCUCACUGCCCGCUGCCAAAGCCGCAGAUGUAGUGAUAUUAUGAGGUAGGAAACUGGAACACUACAAUUAUGAAAGGAGAUCAGAUGACUAUAUUAUCAAAGAUUUGAUCUUUAAGGGUUUAGGGGAAAUGAGGAAGUGGACUGGAGGCAUGUUGAUAUUAGCACUAGCUACCGUUUUAUUUCUGAGUUAUAAUUUUAUUGGAAAAGAGCCACACAAACAAACAGCUUAUGAUUUCUUUCAUCCGUCCAAUACUUCUCUUGCGAUGGGUAGCUCAUCUCAUGCAAAAUCCCAACAGAGAAUUAGAGAGAAGCCGCAUCUCAUUGAUGUUCAAGGACUAGAUGAUUUAUACUUGUCGUUGAAUAUGUCUGAAGAGGAGUCUAGGUCACUGCUCGUAUGGGCUCAAAUGCGUCCUCUACUCUCGAGAUCGGAUGCUUUGCCCGACACUGUAGAGGGUAUCAAGGAAGCGGCCACUGCAUGGAAAGAACUAUUGUCUGUGGUUUCUGAUACUCGCAACAUCAGUGAUGAUGACCCCGGAUGGAAAGAUUGUCCUCAUACUGUUACUUCAUUUAAUGGAAACUUAUCCAGUAAUGGGAAUAUUCUUCAUAUUCCUUGUGGCUUAAUUGAGGAUUCUUCUAUUACUGUGAUUGGAAUACCGGAUGCUAAACAAGGAAGCUUUCAAAUUCAACUCCAGAGCUCACAAGUGCUUGGGGAGGCAAUUCCUAAUGUGAUUUUGAAUUAUGCUGUCCAUCUUCCAGGAGAUAAUGUGACAGAUGAGCCAGCGGUAAUUCAAAAUACAUGGAGUAAUGAUCUUGGGUGGGGAAAAGAGGAAAUAUGUCCCGAUCAUAGAUCCAAUCACUCCAUAAAGGUUGAUGGAUUUGUGAAGUGCAAUGCUUUGGUUAUCCGUAGCAGUACUGAAGUUAACGUAAAUGUGAGCCAUCCUGUGAAUCAUCAGUCAACCAAUAAUAUUUCUGUUGGAAGUGGCCACAUGAGUGUUAACUUCCCCUUUGUUGAAGGCAAUGCAUUUACUGCUACAUUGUGGGCUGGUGUGGAAGGGUUCCACAUGACUGUGAACGGAAGGCAUGAAACGAGUUUCGCAUAUAGGGAGAAAUUUGAGCCAUGGAUGGUUAAUGAUGUCAAAUUGGAAGGUGGUUUGCAGCUGAUGUCUGCUUUAGCUAAAGGAUUGCCUUAUUCUGGAUAUCUGACUUCUGUGUUAGAUAUUGAGCAUCUCAAAGCUCCACCGGUUUUAAAGAAAAGAAUUCUCAUGUUUAUUGGUGUGUUUUCCACUGGUAAUAAUUUUGAACGACGUAUGGCCUUAAGAAGGUCUUGGAUGCAAUAUGAUGCUGUGCGUUCUGGGAAUGUCGCUGUCAGAUUUUUUAUUGGCCUUCACAAGAACCUCCAGGUUAAUCUUGAGUUGUGGAAAGAAGCACAAGCAUUUGGAGAUAUUCAAUUGAUGCCAUUUGUUGAUUACUACAGUUUACUCAGCUUGAAGACAAUUUCCAUUUGCAUUAUGGGGACUAAGAUUCUUUCUGCAAAAUAUGUAAUGAAAACGGAUGAUGAUGCAUUUGUCCGCAUAGAUGUAAUUAUCUCGAAUCUAAAGGGAAUGGUUCCUGAUGGCCUGUUGUAUGGUCUGAUUUCCUUUGAAUCCUCGCCUCAAAGAGAGAAUGACAAUAAGUGGUAUAUCAGUUCUGAGGAAUGGGCACAUGACUCGUAUCCUCCGUGGGCCCAUGGUCCGGGUUAUAUUAUCUCUCGUGACAUUGCAAAGUUUAUUGUACAAGGCCACCAACAGAGAGAUCUCCAGUUUUUCAAGCUAGAAGAUGUUGCGGUAGGCAUAUGGGUUGAGCAAUUCAAGAAACAAGGACGAAAAGUUCAGUACAUUAGCGACGAAAAGUUCUACAACGCUGGAUGUGAAACAAACUACACUCUUGCUCAUUAUCAAAAUCCAAGAAUGGUAUUAUGCCUAUGGGAGACUCUACAAAAGGAGCACGAACCCAAUUGUUGCGAGUGAUCUCACUUGUCCAACCAACCAACCUCGUAUUCAAAUGCAAAGAUGCUGCUCUAUGACCUGUGGGCACUUUCAUAGUGGACAUAAUUAUUUUGGUAAGCCAAGUUUAUAUUUAGACCAUUAAAAUUUGUGUAUGUUGUAUAUUUUUAUUUUUAUUUUUAAGAAUGAUUUAAUUUGAGAUA